CGUCCAAGAACGAUGAAUGAUCGAAUGUCAACGGUCUCGCCCAAACCCUCCGCCGCUCACAUAUUCUUUCAGCAUCGUCGCUCUUCCAAGCGUUUGCCCCUCAAACGUUGCUAUUCUCUACACUACUCAGUCUAUCGACGCUCACCGCUCUCGCACGCCGUGUCCGACCUUGAUGGAGAAAAGAGCAUGGACAUCACGGGUGUCCUGAACGUCUCCGCGAACCAAUGCAUAGUCAGCGUCCGUCCCGAGAUUGGCAGGCCUUCGAGUUCUCUCAACCCAGAAGAUGCGCGUUUUACUCGUCAAAUCAACGAGAUUCUCGUUCGCUCGUGGGACUCUCAAGCUCUCACAUCACCCACGUCCACAACGCCUCGCGAGAUCUUGCCCGCGGACACAUCUUUUGACCACUCGAUGUGUACCGAUGACACUGGCGGGUAUGAUACCUCUGUCGGACAGGGCAGCAGCUCCGAAGGGCUAUUAAACAGUUUGGACUCCCUCGACCAUCUCCGUUCAAUCUCCAUGAUCCAAAUCUCCUCGCUCUCGGAAAGCGUAGAGCUCGUUUUUUUCAAGUUACUUGUCACCACCGAUGAACACAGGGCAAGAGCGAAGGAGAAAUACCCGGACUGGUUUUACAAGAUGAGGGCAAAGGUCGAGGCCGAGGAAAUUGACAAGCUCGAAGGCCGACUUGAGACUGUUGAAGCGAAUGUGGCGAAGCUGGGAAAAGACAUGAAGAGGCGUGACGAGGAGAUGAAUAGGCGUUUCGUGGAGUUGGCUGAAGAGGCGAAGAAGCGCGGUGAGGAGGCGAAGAGGGAGAUGGAGAAGCGCUUCAUGGAGUUGGGGGAGCAGAUGAAGAGUUUGAUGGAUGCACUGCGCGCAAAUAAAGCGGUGGUGUAGAUGUCGGUAUGAUAUGUACGUGUACAGAGUCCUGUAACCUGUUGACUGCCAACAAGGUAAGUUUGUCGGACCGCCUGUUCUCAUUAUUUAACAUUACUUGCUGUCGCC